AUGAACAUUCACAGGUCUACCCCUAUCACAAUAGCGAGAUAUGGGAGAUCGCGGAACAAAACCCAGGAUUUCGAAGAGCUGUCGUCUAUAAGGUCCGCUGAGCCCAGCCAGAGUUUCAGCCCGAACCUUGGCUCUCCGAGCCCGCCCGAGACUCCGAACUUGUCGCAUUGCGUUUCUUGCAUCGGGAAAUACUUACUGUUGGAGCCUCUGGAGGGAGACCACGUUUUCCGCGCUGUGCAUCUGCACAGCGGAGAGGAGCUGGUGUGCAAGGUGUUUGAGAUCAGCUGCUACCAGGAGUCCCUGGCCCCCUGCUUCUGCCUGUCUGCCCACAGCAACAUCAACCAAAUCACAGAAAUCCUCCUGGGGGAGACCAAAGCCUAUGUGUUCUUUGAGCGGAGCUAUGGAGACAUGCAUUCCUUUGUCCGCACUUGCAAGAAGCUGAGGGAGGAGGAGGCAGCCCGACUGUUCUACCAGAUUGCCUCAGCCGUGGCCCACUGCCACGAUGGAGGGCUGGUGCUGCGUGACCUCAAGCUGCGGAAAUUUAUCUUCAAGGAUGAAGAGAGGACUCGGGUCAAGCUGGAGAGUUUGGAAGAUGCUUACAUUCUCCGAGGUGAUGAUGACUCCCUCUCUGACAAGCAUGGCUGCCCAGCUUAUGUCAGCCCAGAGAUCUUGAACACCACUGGCAGUUACUCUGGCAAGGCUGCGGACGUGUGGAGCCUAGGGGUGAUGCUGUACACCAUGUUGGUGGGGCGUUACCCUUUCCAUGACAUUGAGCCCAGUUCCCUCUUCAGUAAGAUCCGCAGGGGCCAGUUCAACAUUCCAGAAACUCUGUCGCCCAAGGCCAGGUGCCUCAUCAGAAGCAUCUUGCGGCGGGAGCCCUCAGAGCGGCUGACCUCGCAGGAGAUUCUGGACCAUCCUUGGUUUUCUACGGAUUUUAGCGUCUCCAAUUCGGGAUUUGGUGCUAAAGAGGCAUCUGACCAGCUGGUGCCAGAUGUCAACAUGGAGGAAAACUUGGACCCUUUCUUUAACUGAGCUCAAGGCCCAUGGACACUUAGCAGGUACCAGGAGCAAGAGAGGGUCCCAGGAAGGAGUUCUGGGACACAGGUGGCCUGGCUGGGAAGCAAGAUGGACACUUGUCUUUACACAUUUCUUGGUUGAGGGGGGAAUGCCUUCCAGGAGCUGACCGAACACUUAGCAUGGGAACAAGACUUGUGGGAUGGGGGUUGGGUUUAGAUGGUCGGAAGCCCCUCCCCUAAGUUUCUCUUCCCUGGGGUAGCCUGAGAGUCCCCCUUGCCAACUGGGCUACUUCAUCUACCCCACUUUUCAUUUUGUUCAGAAAUAGUUGGAGAUCUCGAUAGAAUUGACACUCUUCUGCCUCAAACAUAUACCUUGGCAUUGCACUGUUAGCAUUAACUUCUUGUUAUGAUUCAGGGAAGGGACAAUUGAUUGAAGAUUUUUUAAAAACAGGCCAACCACCUAUGUAAUAAUUAAUGGGAAAAACUUAAAAUAUUAAUAAUAAUUCGGUGCACACAGACUGACCUGAAACCUGGGUGCUAAGCUAAAAGAAAAUGAAAGUUCCAGUUGUUGUCUCUCAUUCACACUUUUCAACUCAUUUCUUAAAAUAAAUGAUUUCCUAUUCUGGCUAGGAAGUGACAUGUUAAUGCUUUGUUCCCUGAAGGGGGAGAGGGAAGGAAGGGGGCAUAUCUAUUCUGUGAUAGACAUUUCUGUUCUUCAUCAUUUGGUUUUUGUAGCAGGAAACAAUUAGAAGUCAAACUUCCAGAUGUGUUAUCAGGGGAAGGAGAAAGGAAAAGAGAAGAAUUAAACUCCUUUCUGGUUUUUGUUCUUUUGAAGGAAGAAGGUUCAUACUGUAGACAUUGCUUUUGGCUCUGAAUACAGGGAGGGGGUUCCAGACGGCAGUUGGGGGGAGCUCCUGGAGUCAGAUUUCAUUGAUGAUGCUGAUCUCAAUGUUUUGGUUUUGCUCUAUGGGAAACUAGUAAAAUGAGACAGGUUGUCCCAUGUGUAUAAAAUAUAGGGCAGCUAUUUCCUUUUCUUUGCUAAGAAUGAUCCUCUGGGCUUGGAAAAGCCCUCUGGUUUGAACAGAAGGGAUGAUAUAAAUACAAACAGCUCUCUGUCCCAAUACGCACCUUUGUAUUUUUCAAGAACUCUUGUAUUUAUUAAGGAAAAUGUCACAUUGUGAUGUAUUAAGCCAGUACUUCAAUUACGGGUCGACGGGAUGACAUGUUACAUGCUGUAGUUAACAUUUAUAAUUUUGUUUCCCUGUUUGAGUAAUUCUGUCCCUGAAGUAACCUUUCAUUUUGGCUCUCUCUAGAUAGCCUUAUUUGAUUUCGAGUGGCAAAAUGUUUUCCUUUUGUAUUCUGGCUUUUCUAUUGCUGUAUGAUACAGAACUCUUUUGGCAUAAAUAUUUGUGUUCCCAGUACCUCAGUCGUUUGGGUUUUACUGCCUGCAUAUGUUUUGUGAAAUGGUCCUGUUUUUGGGUAGGUAACACGUGGACUCUAGUAUGUAAAUGUUACUUGAAUCUGUGCUUCACUCUAGUAUGUGGCAUGUGUGUGCGGACUCUUGGAUGCUUCACGCCUACUCCACAGGAGCCCCUGUCCCCAGGAGGGUGGCUUCUCCAUUCAUAGUCAGGAGACAAAGCUGCCAUGGAUCUACCCUUGAUUCUAUUUUGAUAAUGGAAGAUGCAGAGAGAAGGUUUUUACACUCGGAAGAUGGUGCUGUGGCAAGAAGGACUUUUUAUCUUCCCUCUCCCCAUCUUGCAAGUACUGGGUGGGAGGAAAGAUUGGGAACAUGCAUGGUGGGGACUAAUGGCCUCUGGUGCUUUGUCCUGUAUUUGGUUUAAUGUUUUUGUCCUAAUCUCUUCAAUCAAUAAAAUUGUGCGUAUUUAACUAAAA